GUAAAAUUGACCCGAUUUGCUUUUUGUCCACAAAAUUAUAAAACCUUAGGGUUUUCGUUUUUUCUUCUCUCUUCUUCCCCAAAGUGAAGAUAAAAGCUUUGUCGCCGCCAUGCCGCAAGGUGAUUACAUAGAGCUACACAGGAAGAGGCAUGGUUACCGCCAUGACUUCUUCGAGAAGAAGCGCAAGAAGGAAGCUCGUCAAGUACACGAGCGUUCAGCUAAGGCUCAAAAGGCCCUGGGUAUUAAGGGUAAGAUGAUUGCGAAGAAAAAUUAUGCUGAAAAGGCCCUCAUGAAAAAAACAUUGGCUAUGCAUGAGGAAUCAUCAACUAGGCGUAAGGUUGAUGAUGAAGUCCAAGAUGGAGCUAUUCCUGCCUAUCUUAUGGAUCGUGAAAAUACCACACGUGCUAAGGUUCUCAGCAAUACCAUAAAGCAAAAGAGGAAAGAGAAAGCCGGAAAAUGGGAGGUCCCUAUUCCCAAGGUCAGGCCGGUCGCAGAAGAUGAGAUGUUUAAGGUGCUCAGAACUGGUAAAAGAAAAACAAAGCAAUGGAAGAGAAUGGUUACGAAGUGCACAUUUGUAGGACCUGGUUUUACAAGAAAACCUCCAAAAUAUGAGCGUUUCAUCCGUCCUUCAGGAUUGCGAUUUACUAAAGCUCAUGUUACACAUCCUGAGCUCAAGUGCACCUUCAAUCUCGACAUUAUUGGGGUAAAGAAAAAUCCUAAUGGUCCAAUGUAUACAUCUCUUGGUGUCAUGACCAAAGGAACAAUCAUCGAGGUGAAUGUAAGUGAAUUGGGUUUGGUCACGCCAGCUGGGAAAGUUGUUUGGGGAAAAUAUGCUCAAGUAACAAAUAACCCAGAAAAUGACGGGUGUAUAAAUGCAGUUUUGCUUGUCUAAGAGGUUUACACCCCAUGUGUUGGGUUGAGUCUGCUAACUUUGCUUGAUUGUCAUUUCAUUUCAUGUUGUUUAGUAUGUUACAUGUUUCAAAUUUUGAGUAGUCAUAAAGGGUAAUUUGAAAAGUGGAAUGUUUUAAGUGGUAAAGAAACAUGUGGAUCGUGAUUUGCAUGAUGGGUGGAUGAAGGUCAAAAACUGACAACCUUGGUGGGAUCACAUUGGCAGCUGCCCACAAUUGCUAUCGGGAAUCCGAUGGCCACUCAUCUCCCGUAUGGCAUUUGGGAUAGCCCUUCCCAGUUGCUUGCUUUCUAUGUAGUUGUCCGCUUCGUAAAAUCUAAAAUUUCAGAAAAAUGAAAUACAGAAUUAGAGACGCUAAAAUUUUCCA